GAGAAAUCUAAAACCCUUCCCCUUCCUUCCUUGAGCGCAGUCGCUCCGUUGGUCUUCUCUUCUUCUUCAUCGCGAUUCCGAUUAAUCGGAGAUUCGACUCGAACGAUAACGAUCUUCGCUCCAUCUCCUAGUAUCAGCGUUUGAACAUCAGUAGCAAUGUUUAAGCUAAGUAGGAUGAUUCCUCGUCUACAAUCGGUUUCCCUUAACCCUAGCACGACUGCGUCUGGCUCCCUGAUCGAGAACGCUCCAAGAAUCUUCCAAUCUCUCGGAAACCGAGCAUUUUCCGGGAAAUCAAGCUCGGAUGGAUCUGGAAGCAACGAGAACGGUUGGGAUAUUGCAACGGGAGGAUCGUUCGGUGGUGGUACUACAGGAGGAUCUGACGAUCUUGAUUGGGAUCACAAAUCGAUGUGGUCCACUGGUUUAAGCAAGGAGCAUUUCGACGGUGUCUCCGUUGGCCGUCAGAAUCCUUCUUCUGAAAACGCCGUUUCUGAUUCAGGCGAUGUGAUGAGCAAGUUAGGUCCCAGAGAGGUCGCUAUGGUUAACGAGAUGAAUGAGUAUGAUGAUAUGAUCAAGGAGAUUGAGAAAGACAAUAGGCAUAGCAGGGUUUUCGUUGAUGGGAUUAAGCAGAAGAUGAUGGAGAUGAGUGUGUUGCUGAAGCAAGUCAAGGAGCCUGGUGCUAGAGGUUCUUAUCUUAAGGACUCUGAGAAGACUGAGAUGUACAGGUUGCAUAAAGAGAAUCCCGAGGUUUAUACCGUUGAGAGGCUUGCUAAGGAUUAUAGGAUCAUGAGGCAGCGUGUUCACGCCAUUCUCUUUCUUAAGGAGGAUGAAGAGGAAGAGGAGAGGAAGCUUGGUCGUCCCUUGGAUGAUUCCGUUGAGCGUUUGCUUGAUGAGUACCCUGAGUUCUUUGUAUCACAUGACCGGGAGUUUCAUGUGGCCUCACUCAGUUACAAGCCCGACUUCAAGGUCAUGCCAGAAGGAUGGGAUGGUACAAUCAAAGAUAUGGAUGAAGUCCACUAUGAGAUCUCAAAGAAAGAGGAUGACAUUCUUUACGAAGAAUUUCUCAGGAGGUUCGAGUUCAACAAAUUGAAAUGGAAAGGAGAAGUGAAGUGCCACAAGUACAGCAGAAGGCGUUCAUCAGAUGGAUGGAAAAUCACGGUUGAGAAAUUGGGUCCUCAAGGCAAGCGUGGAAAUGGAGGUGGCUGGAAGUUUGUCAGUCUUCCUGAUGGAUCGAGUCGGCCUCUCAACGAAGUGGAGAAGAUGUAUGUUAAGCGUGAAGCACCACGUCGCCGCCGUAAGAUUCUCCCUUGAAGUUACUAGAAAACAGACUCCAUCAACGGUAAUUGGAAUGUUAUGUCUCCCCUGGGGAGUGUCAAAGUUGAAACUAUUUUGCCUUGUUGAAUAGUAAGAUCCGUAGCUUUUGUUUUUGUUUUGUUUUUUUUGUUUAGCUCUUGCUUUUGUCUGUGGCCCAGUGGUUCAAAUAAUCUUAAGACCCAAACAUUUCAGAAUUUCUGAGGUUAUAGACCAAACAUUACAGAA